GAUUCCCGCAGAAUCCAGCAAGCUUCAUUCCGCACAGUAAUCCGUUAAUUGUCCUUCGUAUUUCGGUCGCGUGCGUGUUUCAUGAGUGUGGCUGGAAAUGAUACGCCAGCCCUGGGUGCCGCAGAGGAUGCUUCUAGGCAAACCCCAGUCGAGCCUACGGUGAUGGAUGGGCUCUCAAGCUCAAAAGUGACGGUCGAGUACCAUGACCCGUCUGGGGUCUUUGGAUUGAUACAAGAAGACUUGGUUACACGCCUUCCUCUUCGCAACUUGCAUUGGAAGGCUCCCACACGGCCAUUGAGGUCUAUAGACUCGCUGCAUGUCGACCUUGUGCCUAGCCCAGAGUCUGCACAAGCUGCGGGUGCAGCAUCAUCAGCUGUAGCACAUGGACAAGAGAGACGUCAUCAGAUUCCCGGUUUGCGCCAAACACCGUAUCUCAGAAUCUAUCUGUUGAGAUGCGAUGACUCUGAUACGUACAAAUCCACUGCACGUAAAUUAGUACGCGAAUGGGUCAAGGAUCACACGCCGCCUUCUCAGAGUAGCACGGCAACCAACCAGGAAAACCACGAUGCUUAUGAAUGGUUAAUCCUGCACGUCGUAGUGCCUAACACGCCAGCAGCGAGCCAGCCCCGUGGAUCUGCCAGUGCGUCGACGGGUGAGAAAGAAAAGUCUGGAGCAGCUUCAAGAUGGACUCGCGGGACGACCACAUUGCUCGAAAAGCUACGUGCCGACUUCAAUGUUUCAUCCAAGUCAGCACCAGACCGGGUCGCUCAGAUACGAGUGCCCAAAGAAAGAGUCCCGCCGCAUAUGCUUCCACCUGCAGCACCUGCCAGCUCUCCCGCAAUUAGCGAAAGCCCUCAAGAGCAAGAACGAGCUUGGCAAGAUGUCAUAUCUAGAUUCAAGGUGCUCAUUCUUCUUUCAUUCGAUCUGCGUGUGAGCCAAUACGAAGAAGACAUUCGGAAGAAUGACGCUCAGCGUUCCUUUCCUGGCUGGAACUUUAACACUUUCUUCAUCCUCAAGGAGGGCCUUGCGAGAGGCUUUGAGAGUGUAGGGCUGGUGGAAGAUGCUUUGCUAGUGUACGAUGAGCUCUCGAUUGGUCUGGACAGUGUAAUUCGUGACCAGACGAGCGAACAGGCACAAGGAAGCGUUCUCCUUGGCUAUUCCGACGACAUUUACCAGAAAGCAGCAGAAAUUGCAAUGCAAGAGGGGAAAAAUGAUGCUGAUUCGAACAGUUCUCAAUUGGCUGUCCAUGACGACAGCCCGAUCAGUGCCUUGAGAAAGGAUUAUCGUGGUCUCAUCCUUGCGAAUAAUAUCUCUGUCUUUGAUUUUAGAGUGUACAUCUUCGCCCGCCAAAUGUCCUUGCUCCUUAGGCUCGGUAAUUCAAUAUCUGCACGUUCAGAUCUUGCAACUAAGCCACAGACCCGGUCCAAAGCUGGCGUAGUUCAGCAGUCGACUGAUGACAGCGCCAUCGGUAUGAAAUCAGGUGGUCAAUCCCAGGAUUCAGAAGAUCUUUUCUCGCUUGCGGACCUUUGUACGCGUGCGCUAAAUUUCAUAACAUUCGCUGGAAGACUGUUGCGAGAUGAUUUGAUCAAUGGAGCAAAGGCACACGAGAUUACAUUUGAGAAUCAUCUAGUUGAAAACAUUGUUCGCUCAUGGACGUUCGCCGCUUUGGGUCAGGUAAUACGCGAGACAUCCACUACUUCUCUUCCAUCCGACAGGCCCACUAGAGAUGCACCCGCUGGCUCUACAAGCAAGGGCCGCUCCUUUAGCGGUCGCAGUAAGGACUCAAAGAGCAAGAGCUCUGAUCCCAAGCUUCCUUCCCGUUCUUCUUCGCUGAAUCAGGGGCGAUCUACUCCCGAUAUGCCAUAUUCCCAAACUGCGCCGAAUGCCCAGGUGGUUUUUGAGAAUGGACAGUAUCACGAUCGGCCAGCUACAGGGCAAUCGGCCACGACUAUUUCUGCAAGGAACGGCCUGCAGGAACUGGCUGGCACAAGAGCACAACUUCUUGCAAUUCAACGACGGUUGCUCGAGCAUGCGGGCAAGGCUCUGGGCUGGAAUAUCGGGUGGAAUGCUAUUGUUACCUCUCUGACUGCGAAGGAAGAGCUGACGGACGUCAGUCUGGACGAAGAAGAGGAGGCGGAACGUGCGGCAGAAAGGGAGGCUUCCAACACCAAACCAGAUUCUGAGCUUGAAAAAGCACGUAUCGGUAUAUCUGCUGUCGCGCUACUUACAGCAAUGUCGUCUCUUGGGCAAUUUCGACAAUUUUACGAGACACUCAGUGACCUCAUUGUGAAGCACUACAUGGCUGCAGGCCAGGCCAAAUCAACAGAGACAGUGCUCGGCGAUUUAGCUGCUCUCAAGUUCGAGCUGGGUGAUUUUGCAGCGGCAGCAACAUAUUUUGGACGUAUGGCCUCGUAUUUCGCAACAAGCAGGUGGAAUACUGUCGAAGCUACCAUGCUUAAGAUGCAUGCGCACUGUCUCAAGAAGCUCAAUCGCAAAGACGAAUACGUGCGGACAGUGUUAGAUUUGUUGUCCAAGUCAUCGGCGAGUCGAAUGGCUUCCAAGAGCUCGUCAAAACGAAUCGAUGCAACAGGCGACUCUCACGAAUGGCUCAACGAUGACAACGUGGAUACCACCGAUGUACUUCACGAGAUCGUUGGCUAUUCACAACAGUUGCCCUACGAUGUUACUGUCCAGAUGGCCAAGUAUUUUAGCGACAUUUCUGUUGAGCCUUAUGUGAGACAUUACGAGGACAAAGAUGGGUUCCAGCUACGCCUUCAAUUCAGGCAUCUCCUUGAGGAUGAGAUUGAGAUUCGCGCAGCCAAGAUCAGACUAGUCAGUUCCGUCUCCAAUCAGGCUAAGGACGUAUGGCUCGAAGAGACUGGUACAAUACAGCUGAAGAAGGGUUUGAACCGCAUGUGGAUUGGUUGCAACGUGAAUACCAUCGGGCCAUACAUGGUGGAUAGGAUCGUCUUGGAAGCAAAGCGCAUCGUCUUUGUGCACGAGCCUUUCCAGAAGACCGAAGCAACGACACCUCUUGGCAUCAUCACAUCUGUAUCUGCACACUCGCUCAGAGCAGCCAAGAAAGCUAGGAUUCUAUGUUUUCCGCGCACUGAGGCUUUCCAAGCUCGCAUCUAUCUUUCGCAUUUGAUCCACAUCGACAAGCCGCGUCAUAUCGAAGUCGAGUUCUCGAGCGGUUGGAACGCAAUAAAGCGUGCAGAGAUCCGACUGAAGUCUGCUUCUGCAGGACUGCGGCUACGUACGGCAGAUGCAAGCAUAGAAGCUGGUGAUAUUGAACUUGAGGACAACAAGCAACCUCCUGGUGUCAUUGCAAUCGGAGAAAUGGCAGCCGGCUCCGCAGCCACCUUGAAAGUACCUUACGAUAUGGAAACGAUUCUCCAGGAUCUUACUGUCAAGAUCGACGCCGACUAUUUCACCGAAAACGGCCAGUUCCAGUACACUUCGUCCUUUGUGAUCCCUGUUGAGCUGCCGUUGGACGUCAAUGUACAUGACCAUUUCAAGAACAAGUCACUGUUCUCGAAAUUCAACAUCAAGACUGCAAAUCAUAUUCCACUGGAACUUCUGGCUGUUUCCUUGGAAGGAUCGGAUGAGUUUGAUGUUCAUGCACCGAGACAACCAAAGGAACCACUACAUGUGUUCCCGAAACAGCCAGUGGCGGUCACGUACAAAGUCGUCAAGAAUACCGUGGACGCCGCACAGAAACGAAGAAGCCGGAUAAGCACUACUGGUAGUCUAUCGUUAUCUGUCGAGUACCGUUGUCUUAACGAGGAUGUGCUGGAUCGUAUGCGAAAGUUGUUUGCGGAGGCCGUCGAGAACAGUCCAGUUCAUCGCUUGUCUCGUCUCUUGACUGAUACUUUUGUCAAUCGCAUUGAGCAGAGCAUUCUGCCUCAGCAAUAUGAAAAGACAGCGUUGUUGGAAAGGAUUGACCUUGGAGUUUUCGAGGAUAUGGGAUGGGCUGACUGUCUUGAGAGCUUACCUCUUGUCAUCCGUGAUGAUACACAGACGUGGCUGCAAAAGUGGCAUGGAAAACACAGAGUCGUCCAUCUAGAGACAGAUGCAUCACCACACACCACACAACGCCCUACAGCUCCACCGUCGCCAAACCCACCGCGGCGCAUGGUAAUAACAGUAUCUAUACCGCAAACACACAUCUUACACACCGCCUCUCUCACCCUAAACUCACCCUCUACGACCUUCCAAUCUCCCAUCGCAACCGUCGGCCAACCCCUCAUGGCCACUCUCCGCAUUUCACACACCCGCCGCUGGGCCUCACCCUCCAGCCUCGUCUCCGCCGCCAACCUAAACGAUCCCACCGAUCCCAUCGAAUUUGUCUACACAAUCGACGCAAACCCAGAGGUAUGGCUCGUUGCCGGCCAGCGCCGUGCCCAUUUCACCGCCACCGAAGACCAAGAGCACGAGUGGCCGAUUGUACUCAUACCACUCAGACCGGGAAACACGCUCUUACCCAAUGUAGAGAUUCGGCCAAGGAUCAAGGCAAGGCCUGAAAAGGGUAAGAGUGACACUGGUGAUGUGGAGAUUCUGAACUGUGAGACGGAUAAUCUGAGCUUUGCGGAUGCAGUGGUCGUGGCGCAGGAUGUGCGGAGUAGUACCGUGGGUGUGGGGGAUAUGGGCAUGGGGAGUAUGAGGGGGGUGGUUUGGUUGGAGAGUAGUGGGUUGGGGGAUAUGUGAGUUAGCUAGGUCAAGUCUAUACGAAUCAAGUGGUUUAUGAGAAUAA